CAGGUUUAGUGAACCCCAGUGGCGUCACAUUGCUUUGCUUUACACUGAAGUGCUCUUACCUAGUACUGCGCAUGUUCCACUCCACUCAAGUCUUUCCCACCGGAACAAUGACAUCACGGUAGACGCCCAAUCACUGCGCCUGCGUAAACGGUCGCGCGCAAGUUUGAAUUUUUUUUUUGGAUUGUUUACCUCCAGUCCGAAAACUCAGUUCUUGAAAGCUAAACUAAAACACUGCAAAAACAAACAACGAAUACAAAAUAUAUACAGUUUUAAACACGGUUUCGUUCUGCGUCAGCGAUCACCGAGUUUGGAGUGGCUGCUUCUCGGAGAUACUGUUUUUUUUGUUGUUUGGCCUUUUUUUUUUUUCCCCAUAGUGGUUGAAGAGCUAAUGAAUGGACUAGCAUUGUGUUUGGACAUCGCUUUUACUGCGAAUAUAAAGGAAGACGACAAAAAAAAAAAAAAAGGGUUUCUUCAGAGACUGUAAUUUAUACGUGAAUACGAAUUUCAGCUGGAAUUAACAAUUUACAAAUAAAAACAAAAAAAAAUACUCUAACACGAGCUGAGUGUCGCUGGUGCGCAGUUAGGGUAGAUCCCGGUUACUCUACUUUAUUCUAGCGGUAUUUAUUAAUUUCAAUAGCAUUGUUAUUACGGUGAAUGUAUGUACGAACUGCUGUCUCCAUAUAAGAAUCGUGUGGUCUAACGGAUGCAAUGUAAGCCUCCACCUUUGCUUUUAUUUAUUUUAUAUUUUAAUUGUGUUGGACUUAAAUGCCAGUGAACGACUGAGACGAUCGCAUCAUUGAGCUAUGCUGAGAAAGUCUGGUCGGGAAUCCUCCGGUUCCAGAACACACAAUGACAGCACAUCGUCAUUGGACCACAGCCAACGAUCGAAGUCGAGUACCAGGCGGAAAAGGGAGGCAGAGGAUCCGUUACAGUCGGCCCUACUGUACUUUAAAGAAGUUGAAGCUGGUACCCCAUGGCGUGGCAAUUAUGUCCUGGAGAAACACCUUGACACCAUUGAGCGGACAGCAUUCAAUAAGGGAUUACCCCCAGAAGGCAUUGAUAUAAUGAUAGACUUUGCACUUGGCCUCCGAAUGGGCAGUGUUUUGGGUGUGCGGGUCAUGAAGACUCUGAUUCCAGCGACAGUGGUACCUCAGAGCGCAUUGAUAAAAGGAGUGUCCUGGUUCUGUGUGGGAAAGCUGCCCUCAAACUUGCAGGUCAUGUUUUUCCGCUGGUUUAUUACCGUGUUUGACCUGGUUGAUUCAAAGGAGCAGCUACACUUGCUGUAUGGCUUUUUAUUCUGUUUUCUGACAGAUGAGCACCUGUGUCCCUACAUCUGCCACUUGCUGUACCUUUUGACCACAAAGGAGAGUGUUAAACAUUACAGAAUAAGAAGAUUACUAGAUCUUCAGGCCAAAAUAGGAAAACAGCCAUACCUGCAGGCCUUACUCUCCUUGUAUAAAGUUUUCUGUCCUGAGCUGGUCACCUUUUCAAUGCCAACAAAAAUAAAGAGUGCCUUCAAAAAUUAUGAUUCCAACUGGAAAACGGCAAUCGCUGCAGUUCAGAAAAAGAGCAAAGUGGAAAUUUUAAUGCAACUGCCGAACAACAUUGCACAGAAAACAACAUCCAGGAAACGGAAAUGGAACAGCAAUUUGAACGUGCCUCUUGUGAGCAGCAGUGUGUCUGAGAUCAAUAACAAGACAUCGAUCAGCUUGUCCAGGAAUGCAAAGCUUCCUUUAGAGCAGCUCCGCACUUUCUCUCAGCUCUUGCAGAACGUGCACCGCAUUGAGUUUCCAGCACAGAUGGGCUCUGUAUUGAACUCUCCACUGCUUCUUCAUUACAUUAACUGUGUAACUGAUGACUCUGUGUUUCUGAGACUGGAUUAUUGGCUAGGUCAUGCAUUGCAGGAAGAGUUCCUGUUUUGCAAGGAUGCUAAUAAACAGAACACUUCGGAAGCGAUGGAGUUUUUCAAUAAACUGAUCACAGCACAGCACUUCCUACAGGAAGGAUUCUCCAGUUGUGAGACAUUUAUCUACAAGUUCCUGCAUGUUUGGAAUGGUUCGGAGUACCGCUCGCAGAUCCUGAGCCUGCUGAGCUGGAUACCUAUGGCACCAGUUACAGAUAUGAAGCAGCUGCUGUGUGAACCCCUAAUGCUGCUGUUCUUUAGCUCCUCUGUAUUUUUCAAGUGCAGUGUGAUUGAGUGCCUAAACAACAUGCUGGUGAAUUGGUUGACCUGGCAUUCUGUGUAUGCCACAGAGGAUAUUGACAUGAAUCUUCCUGGCCACUCCCCCAUGAAUAUGACCCUUUCUGAAUUGGUGAACUCAGUUAUUGAGUUGGUUCAGUUCACAGGUCGAAUCUCAACCAUAGGGCUGCACUUGGAGGGAUACAACACACUGUUGCUGCAUUUCGUUCUCAGUUUCUAUGAAACAGUGUCUGACAUGUAUUUGAAGUAUGACAUGCCUUUGGUUAUCAUGCCCCCUGGUGGUGUGUUUUAUCCUGCUCUGAUAAGCUUAGACCCCAUCAGUGUGAACCAGCUUUGCCACAUCAUGUACAGAUACCGAACAAACUUGGUUUCUGCAAAGGAUCCAGAGCUGCAAAGGAAGAAGCGUUUUCACAUCAGCAGUAAAACAUACAGCGAGUACAAUCAGUAUGUAGUUUCUAUGGUGAACUGUUUGUGGAAGUCCAAGGCAUUCAUAAGGGAUAACCAUCCCAUGGGGAUUGAGAUAAACCCAAAACUGCUGAAUGAGACCAAAGUGGCAGAAUACAGGAACAGCUUUAACAUCGUCCACCACCCGGCGCUUAUGGGAUACGCAAUUGACUUCUUCCAGAAGUGUUGGCCAGGCGACAAACAUUUGAACAUAAGUUCCAUAAAGGGCAGGCACUGGGAUUGGUACUUGGAAUAUCUGUAUGGCCAGGGCUUCCAUGGCCUCCGACAGUUUAUUGAAAGCAGCAUCACCAGAGUAGACCAUUCAGUUAGCAGGAUUGGAAAGCGCUGAGAUCAAGCAUAAUUUCAUCUGGACAUCACCACUGCAGUGCCAAGCCUGUUAUGGACUGUGAGCUUUCAUCACUUCAUUACAGAGCAAGACAUCUUCUUCUUUUGGCUUCUAAUUAACUUUCUCUUUUUGAGACAGACGGUUGAAGAUUUUCUGUUGUUCUUCUCUCAGUCUGCAUUAACUGCAUCGUAAAUUUCCUUUGGGCUUGCUAACAUGAGAACUGUUCUCUAGAUUGGAUUUUACUAACUGUCAGGUCCCGGUGUUUGUGAAAUAUCAAGGCUGCAAGGCGUGGAUCUGUGGUACAGCAGCCCCAUAUCUGACCGUCUACUAAACCAUAGGAAUGUGUGGCAGUCAGUGUUGUUUUCAGCAAGAGUGGAGAAACUAGACUUGCAAAGUUUUUGUACUGUCUGGACAGUACAAACUUCCUAAUUUUAACUGACCAUUCAGUGUUUAUUUUUGUUUGAUUUUAUGGACUUUUUAAAAUUUAUUUUAUUUACUGCUGCUGUGCCGGAUACAGAAAAUAAAGAUGUGAAGUCAGACUUUUCAGACUCCAAGGACUCCUGUUCAGUAGCGAGCCCAAGCCCCUGAGUCAGUCUCAUCUUCACCUGGAUGUAAAAUAAGUGUCCUUGUAAUUACUUGUUGCUUAAUAAUUUACAUUGUAUUGUUGGAUGAAAAAGUCUUGGAGGAUGAAGACUAUUUAUCCCAAAUACAGAAACGAUACAGAGCUAAUCAUUCAUCUCCCUUGCUAGAACUGGUACCGUAGUUUACUGGAAUUCACAAUUAAAUGUACAUAUGCUAAUCUGGACUCCUCAAUUGUUUAAUUGUUUACCUAGAACAAUAUUCUAGCUGUAAAUCAAUUACCUUUUUUAAGGAUCCUCAUUCCACGAUAAGUAUUACCAAUGGUUGUCUAACAAGUUUCAUGAUAUGGUAACUUUUCUGGAAGUAAUUGUUUGUACAUAAUUAUAGCAUUCCAUUUAAAAACGAUGUAAUCCACUUUAACCACAAAGUCGUUUUACCUUUUAGUCACUUAACCAGCAGUCCCACUUAUCACCCUGUGGCAUUGCAGUCAAUCUGCACAGCACACCAAGGUCACGAAGGGGCUAGCAGGCAAAAAGCUUUCAUGGACCUUUCUAAAAACAACACACACUUCUUAGAAAGCCAUUAUUUCAUAUUCUGAUGAGUGGAUAUGUGUGCCUAAAAAGACAAAGAUAGCCUUUAUUAUCAUUGCUGUCAGAAAAUUGAAAUCCUGUAUUUUUUUUUUUUCUUCUUUUUUUGCCAGUUAAAAUGUUCUCUGCCAAGGGGGUUUGAAGUGCUCAUAGUUGCUAAGUACCAUUUCUUUUCUGCAGUACUAAUUAUCUGACCUUGCCAUAAGUUAAAUCUCACGCUUAGGAGUAUUGAUUUAUUUAUUUUUUUUACCUGAUGGCAAGCAGGUUGUGGCUACAGCUCUAGUUAAUUGUAGUGUGUUGACAGUCUGUACCAGUAGGCUGCCAUGCUGUUGUACCCGGCUCUUUUCGUAGACUUAAAGGAAAAAAUAAUUCAUGAUAGGAAGUGUCUGCCAUUCAAGUCAUUCUGAUCAGAAAGAAGAAGCAAGUGUUGUUUUCAUAGGCUGGUAACUUUCCAUUUCACGGUGUGUUUAAGGAUGCCUUAAAUGAAACCAGAGCUUUACAAAGUAGAAAGCUUACCAUAGAGGACAGUGUCCAGCUAGAUGACUUUGACAGCAUUGCUGUAUAUAAAAAAAGAAGAUAUUUUUAGAGUAUUUAGGAUUGGCAUAAGGUUAACUGAAGCCUGGGACUGGAGAAUACAAGAUUCUCAUCCAUUUUGGUUUUUAAACGUAAGUCUAAAAGGAAACUUUUUUUUAAAAAUUGGUUACCUUUUGUGAAUUAAGAUAAAGCCUUGUUUUAACUAAAUGUGGGCUGCAUCAUUCACUUAAGAGGUUAAUCUGUAAAGACAUUAUUUUGAAUUUAUUUAUUAAUGUAGUGAUUUACAUAUUUCAAAAAAAAAUGUUAGGAUCAAAUGCACAUUUUUGAAUUUUUUUUUUUAACCUUGUAAAUACAAACCAAUUCUAGGGAGGCCACCUAAUACUUCACUUUGCACUGGCUAUAGUUCAGUAGAGCAGUCAUGCUAGUUAAGAUAAAUGCUAAUCACUGUUUGUGCACUCACUGUAAAACAUGGCUUCACAUUCCUUAACCCUUGUUUGCUUGUAAAAUUGUGUUUUGUUUUGCUUUUG